AGUCCCCGGAGUGCCGGUCCGACCGCCGCCUGCACCCGUGCGUGCCGUGACCCUACCACAUCACGAAAUCCUUUCCUGCGUCGUCCGCUGCUUUCGUCACCCGCGUCACACCUCAAACACGCGGCUCUAAUAAUCGUGUGAACAUUUAAUGUACCUAUAGAUCGCAUGUGGCGGAGGAACUCGUGUUUACAUAUCAGACGGACAACGAAACAGUAGCGGGUUCAGAGCAGCCGAUUUAGGUCGCCCGGUUCAGUGCUAGCAGCGAGAUAUUUUUAUUACAACUGAUGGGUGCAGGCGUACGAGCGCCUGAGCACGCUGGCGGUUAAAUAAAUUAUUAUUUAUAGAGUAGAACCGUAAAGUCCAUUCCAUAAACACUUUCGUAUUUUUAGUUGUUCCUGGUUAUCUUUAGUUAAAGUUUCAUGUGAAUCGGCUAUGUAGAUUCUGAGAUUAUAACGCAUCGCGGUGAAAUUGUGUGAAUUUCGUGUUAUAAAUAAUACAAAAGUGGCAUUUAGCUGAAAUCUUUAACAUUUCUUUAGUGCAUUUGUGAAUUGUGUGGUGAAAAUGCAUCACUUGUACCCUUUGGCGAAGGGAGACCCGCUGUGUCCGCUAGGCUUCCACCCGCAAGUGCGGUGGCCGACGCGUUGCAAACGCUGUUUCCGCGACUAUAAGGAACACGGUGGCGGCAAGAAAAAAGAUGAUGAUUUUACCGCAUCCACACCCAGCCUUUCCUCUUGGAACUCACCGACAUCACGAAGCCGUGACGGAGAGAAUGGUGCAGCAGAAGGGGACAAGGUUGGCCGGGGUUGGGCUUCGAGUACCAACCUUAGCUCCAUCGAGUCAACCAAAAAGGACACUUUUUCCACAGGAUUCAAUAAAAACAAUACGUCUUGGACAUCGACGCCGGAUCUGGGUGCUGACGGCAGCGACUCAAACGCCGUCACAGUCAAUCUCAAGCUACCCAAACGACGCCUUACGGGCCCAUUACCGGAUUUGGACACAGGCCAAACAACUAAUGACACAGUUACAUUACGUCGGCCGUCACCAUCGCCGCCCCCGUCCGCAGGCUCCCAGACUCAGCUCGCAAUAACCAAGAAUGACUCACUCGCUGAACGUGUGCGAAAGAUGCAGCUGUUAAAAACGCAGAAUAGUUUUGAAAAGGAGCCAAGUAUAGAGAAAGAAAGAGAGCGAAGAAGUUUGUCCAAAAGUAAAGAAGAUGAAAAGACUGCUAGAUAUAAAGACGAACGGUCAUCGACCAAAGAUGAUGUAAACUUUUUAAUGCAGGUAAAGAAUUCUCGGAAUUCAACGAAUUUGAAGCCCCCCGUUCGAGGAGGUCCGUCUAAGGACAAAGAUGAGUCUGAUGAUGAAACGAGCACCACCACCGAAACUACUUUAGUGGAUUCCAACGUUAAAGAAUAUCAGGAUCAAAUAGAGGGCUUGAAACAAGAAGUAGAUAUUUUAAGGAAACGUUGUGAAAGGGUGGAGAAAGAAAAAAGCGACAUUCUUCUACGCAGACUCGCUAACAUCGACACGGCAAAUAAAUACACGACAGGACGAUCAUCGGAAGUACUAAAACUACAACAGAAAGUAAACGAAUUAACUACGCACAAUGAUGAUCUCAGGGAUGAGAAAAAACACCUAACUCAGAAAAUUAGGGAAAUCGAGAGUGAGCUUGAGACUCGGCCGUCAACUGAAGCUCAGACCCGUCAGAUUGAGCAGCUACGAGCCAAGUUGUUGGCGGCCGAAACGUUAUGUGAAGAAUUGAUGGAUGAGAAUGAAGAUAUGAAGAAAGAACUACGGGAUCUUGAGGAAGAAAUCGAAGAGAUGCAAGAUAAUUUUAGAGAAGAUCAGGCCGACGAAUAUUCAUCCCUGAGACGCGAAUUAGAGCAGACCAUUAAAAAUUGCAGAGUUUUAUCAUUUAAAUUAAAAAAGACUGAAAGGAAAGCCGAUCAAUUAGAACAAGAAAAAGCUGAACACGAGAAGAAAUUAUUAGAGAUAGUCGGAGGACCCGACGGCAUGCAGCGGGAAAAUAGGAUUAAAGAGUUGGAACAAGAAGUUGCGCGAUCUACUGAGGUGGCGCUAAGGCUACAACGCGAACUGGCUGAAGCAAACUCAAAGUUCACCGGAUCAAACCCAAGCCUCAUGAAGGUUCCCCAACCCGAAACUGUUAAAGUGUCCCGAUCGUCACUCACUCGAGGAGGUAGCCAAGAAGACCCCGCACAGCUUCUUAGAGAUCUGCAGGACUCUUUAGAGAGAGAAGCAGACUUACGGGAGCAACUACGCAAUGCAGAAGAAGAGGCAAAUAAUUUGCGUAAAACAGCGGCACGUGUAGAAGAGGACAAUGAGUCCUUACUGCUACAGCUGAAGAAAAUGGCUACCAAAGCCAGAAGUCGUAAACUGUCCCCUACGCCUCCAGCCAACAAGCUUAGCAUUGAAACAGCUAAUGAUAAUGAUGAAAAAGAAACCGACGAAGCGGACCCCGCGGAGAUGAAAUUGCUUUUAGAACUUAAUGAACAGGAGGCUACAGUAUUACGAAGAAAAGUCGAGGAAUUGGAACAAGAUAAAGAAGCACUUAAGAAACAAGUCAAGGAGCUAACUAGCAAGAUUUCAAGUGUGACUAAAACUAGUGCCGGAUCCAAUACCACCGCGCGGCGUAGUUUGACUACUAAUAGCAAUAAAUUAGCAGAAGAGCGUGUUAAGGUAUUAGAAGAUGAAAUAGACGAAGUAAGGAAAAAGCUUAUAGAAAAAGAACGUGAUUGUGAAAGACUACACGCUGAACUCAGUUUGGCGCAAAAGAAACCUAAAACACUUAUUAAAAGCAGAUCAUUAGACGCUAGUGAUCAACAGAAUGUGGACCUCAAGCGACAACUGCAAGUAGUAGAACAAGAGGCCAGUGUAUUGAGAGCCAAAACCCAAAGUCUUGAAGCUGAUAACGAAAAAUUACAAACAGAAAAUAAAAAGUUACAGCUUUUGAAAAAUGCGAAGUCAUUAAGAUCUGAUAAAGCAUUAGAUCUCAAUACCAAAAAAACAACUCAACUAGAAAAUGAACUCAAAGAAGCUUUAGCUAAAAUAAAAGAACUAGAAAUGAUAUGUCAAGAUGAAAAAUCAGAAAAAAAAGUAAGAUUUACUGAGGCAACUAAAAAAGAAACAGACACCCUGAAAUCAAAACAGGAUGAAUUAGAUAAAUUGAAACUAAAUCUUAGCAAGUUAGAAAAAGAAAACUUGAAGCUUCAAGCAACACUGAAAUCACUCAAAGAUGAUGCACAAAAAUCUUUUAAGCCGAGAAUUCCAAAGAAACCAACUGAUUUAACAACUAAACUUCAACUCAAAAAAAUGGUUGAAGAUUUGGAAUAUGAAAUAGGGGAGAUGUAUGUUGUGAUGAAAAACGCAGGAUUAUCUGGUAAGGAAAUGACCGCAAAAACUAAAUUAGAAAAAGAAGUAGAAGAAAUUCGUUCCAAACUGUCGAAGAACGACUCAGAAUUCACAAACGAAAAGAAUAGAUUACAAACUGAAAUAGCAAAACUAAAAGAUGUCAAUGCUAAAUUAGAAGGUGAUAAAGAUGUGUUUGCCAAUAAAUAUAAAGCUCUUGAAAAUGAAAACAGCAAUUUAAGCAAUCAGUGCAAAACGCUUACUGAAGAAAUGAAAAAUAGAGAGGCUCAAAUAAACAAAUUGAGUGCUGAUCUCAAAAACGCAACGUCUCUUCAAACCACAAUGUCCGAUUGUAUGAAAAAAAUAGAAGAUCUGAAAAAAGAAAUAGAUAGCAAAGAUAAAGAUAUAGAAAAACUAAAAAAACUAGUGGACAAUUAUACAAAAAUAGACCAGGAUAAGAAUAAGUUGCUCAAAGAGGUUGGCGAUAAAACUAAAAAAAUAGGCGAUUUAGAAAAGAAAUUAAAGGAAGCAGAAGAAAAAUGUAAACGUAUAGAGAAACAACUUUCGACCCGUAAAGAUCGUGUAACCAAACUUGAAAAAGAGCUUUCGGAAGAAAAAGAACAAGCAGUCGUGUUGGCCAAUACACAUAGACGACUAUCAAUCGAAUUAACGAGCGAGAAAGAUGAACUACAAGCACGAUUUAUUAAAACCGAAAGUAAAUUCAUAACGUUAGAGGCCGAAAUGAGAGAUUUGAAAGCUGACUAUGAAAAUAAAAUCACUUCUCUGGAAUCAACAAUAGCCGCUAAAGACGUUCAUAUUAAGCAACUGGAAGACGCAUUAAGGCAAACUACUAAUGAUAAAUACGACGAAGCAACAUCACCUGUCGAGAUGGUAGAAAUGAGGGAGAAGCUUGAGAAGACUAGCAAAGAACUCAAAGAGAAGCAAGAUGAAUUGAAUAAUGCUAAAAUUAAACUAGAAAAGACUGAAGCAGAAUCAUCCGCUGCGAAACUUGAAAUGGCACAGCUCAAAUCGGACUUAGCGAAAUUAGAAAACGAAUAUAAGGAACAAGAGAAAAAGGUGCAAGCUGAAAAGAAGGAAUCCAGUUAUUGGGAAAAUAAAGCCAAAGAACUCGACACUGACCUGCAGUCGGAGCGCAAGAAACUCGACCGGAUGCGUAUUGCUCAUGACAAAGAUGUUAAAAAUAAAGAAGCAGAGCUAGCGACGCUCAAGGGUAAACUUAAGAUUCUUGAACAAAAUUCUGGAGCAGGAGCGAAGAGAAUCACGGAGUUGAAACAAGAAUAUGAAGAGACAGUCAAAAAACUUGAACAUUCUUUAGCUCUUGAAAAGGCAGAAUAUGAGGAGCUAACAGGAAAAUAUGAACUAUUAGAGGAAGAACAUGUGGUCACAAAAGCAAGACUGACUGUGGAAAAGGAACAAGCGCAGGGAGAACUUUUACAUGUACAAAAAGAAUUAAGUACUGCCUUAGGUGAAAUAAAGACACUGCAAGAAAAACUUGGAACUGAAGCAGCAGCAUGGAAUACGGAGAAAACGGAAAUGCAGAACUCGAUAGCGUCUCUGCAAGAACGUUUGUGUGGUGGAGGGUGGGAGGUCGAGCGUGCCCGUCUCAACGCGCGCCUGGACCAGAGAGAGCGGGAGCUUCGAGCUGCCAACGAUAGACGCGAUGUGCUCGAACAUCACCACGACCUUGCCAAGAAAGAGCUAGAGGAGUCCCGAAAGAAAUUGGAAGAUUACGAAAGAGUUUCUAAAAUACAAAGAAAUCUUACAACAGAAAAUGCAGAACUGGAACGGGAGUUGGCAGCUUUGAACAAUAGAAUAGAACAAUCCGAAAAGGCUAGAAAGGCCGAAAUCACGGACACUAAGACGAGAUACGAAGGGCAGAUGAACACAAUGCGCGAUGAACUCAAAUCCUUACACAACCAGGUUUCGAGAUUUAGGAGAGAAAGAGAUAACUAUAAGCAAAUGCUCGAAGCCGCACAGAAGUCGAUGGCUGAGAUUAAAAAUGGAGACAAAAGCGCUAGAAUUCAUCGUAACUCAAUAUCCAGCACAGAUGAAGAAGAAUAUCGCAACAAAGUGGCUUUGCUGGAACAACAGGUUGCUUGUCUCGAAGAUGAGCUGUGUGAAUCGCGGCUACUAGCUUCAAAACUUAACACGGAGCUUGUUAGCGAAAAGUCAUCUGCCGAAGUACGCCUCGCGGAAAUGCAAUCCAGACUAAAUGAGUACGAGGAAGAGAGACUAUUGUCGUCGGGAAGAGCGCGCGUGGCUGGUCUCGCGACCCGAAUGGAACUGGCGUGGCACAAGGAACGCGAUGAACAACAGCGGCUGUUACAAGAGACGUCCACGCUCGCCAGAGACUUGAGGCAGACUCUCUUCGAAUUGGAAAGAGAGCGUGAAAAAGAGAGGUUAGAUAUGAAGAGACGAAUCGAUCAGCUCAAGAGGACCACGGAGGAAGAAACUGAAGAGGCCAAGAAGAAGGUGACGGAGUUACAGUGCGACUUAUUGGAGUUACGCGACGCACACGCCAAACUGCGUACAACCAAUGAGAAGUUGCGCCGCGAUAAAGAGAGGCACGAUCGAGAUCGCGACCAGAACAAAUUACUGGUCGCUUCAUUGAAACGUGCUCAACAGGAGGACGACCGGGUGAUAGCACAGCUCUUAGAAACAAUAGACGAUCUGAUGAAGCAAAGCCCUGAUCUAUUCCGCGUUGAAAUUCCCGUUAAACCGGAGAAAACUCUGAUGACACCAACACCGCCUCGUCGUAACAGGUCUUCGAAAUCUCGUUCCCGGUCAGCAACUCCUGAGACUAACGAAGCAGCCGGGGCGAAAGAUACGGCGGCCAGACUGCGCAGACUCACCGACGAACUAAGGGCUUCUCGUAUCGCCGAGCGACAACGGCGACAGCAAGCCAGCGCAAGGAGAGCAAUGUCGACGGAGCCCCGUGAUACUUUGUCGGUGACGCCAGCCACGAGCCGGACCCCAUCUCGGGCACCGUCGUUAAAGAAGCGAUCCAUCUCGCUAGAACAGACAACUAAGGAACAGAGCUCGAUAUGGAAGUCUGUUGAUGAGAGUAGUGUGUCGUCGUUGCAAUCACUGGAAGGAGACAAUGAUCACCGUCACUUCACUAUGCCUCGGGAUACCAGUCUCGACAGUCGUUUAUCCGGUGGGUCUGCUCAGAGUGACGUCUUACCCAACGAAAAAAAGAAGAAGAAAAGCAUCUUUGGAAAAUUGAAGAAACUGACUAAAUCACGAUCCAUCGAUGACCAAGCCGAUCCCGAAAUUGUCGAUUUCAGACCUAUCGGUACCGUAUCGCAGGGCUCCGAUUCCGACAUGAGCACAGCUGGAAGCAAACGCGACUUACGCGGACGGCUCUCUGAUAUGUUCAGCAGGAAACAGGUUUCUCGCGGCAACAGUAAAGAACUAAGUCCCGAAAGGCCAGCAAGCGCAAUGGGAAGCACUACGAGCGCCUCACGUACUAUACUACGCAACACGAGUACUACAACGCUGACGCGAACCUCACCCGCCAAACCGAACGAAUUCUCAAGUACGCGAUCAUCGAGUGCCACUCCGGCGACGAAAAGAAAAGGAAAAUAACGGACACUCAAUAUUAUUGUGUUGAUUGCAAUGUAUUUUUAAUUCCUAAGUAUUUUCCACAUAGCAUGUAAUAUCACACAUAUCAGAAUUUGUAUGACUAUCGAUAUACAUUAUAAAGUCGUUAUUCGCAAAGAAAACCUUUUCAAGUACCUUUGCGUGUUGCAGAUAAUAAUGUUAUAAUAAAUACGUAUUCACAUAUUCAUAUCCAGUAGAGCCGAUGGAAAUUGGGUACAUAAUAUAUCUAUCUACCUCCCUUAGGUUC